AGAAAGCAACAAACAACAACAUUCGCUGGCAAACUCUGCCCGUGACUAGAAGAAUUUGGAAGCCAGAAAAUUGUGCUCUCUCAUCGUGGAUGUGCUUUAGAUAUUUUACUCCACUUUGGGGUGAUGCAACUUUGGUGAUGAAUCAUUCAUAGUUUUCGUAUAAAAACACCAGUUCAAAGUACGGUACGCUGUAGUCCAGUCAAAACGAACGAACCAUAGUAACAACCGAACCCACCCGGUUACAAAGUGAAAUUACUUUCAGUGGAAUUGAAGUGCUAUCAUUUGUUGAGAACUAUCGAAGCGUUACAGAGUGCUUAGUUUUAAAGAACCUAAAGCGAUCCACGGCAUAAAGUUAUAUCGAAAUCAAUAAAUAAAUAAUAAUAUAUAAUAAUAAAGUUUUUGCAUCCCCCGAGAACAAAGGAACAGCGAUGAGUGCUUUGAUUUCUUUGAAAAUUACCAUCGAAAACGAUGCGAACUAUCUUCUCUUCGGCGACCGAAUUUGUCGCAACUUGGAAGAGCUGGCCGCCUUUUGUUCCGCCCGUUACCAGGAUUUGCAGAAAGCUGUAGAAGGCUUCCGCUACUAUUGGAUUGAUGACGAUGGGGACGAGAUCCGUAUUACCACGGACGAUGACUACGGCAGCUUUUUGCAGGCGAUGGCCAACGCCAAGGCCCGUCUUUACGUUGUAGGCAAGAAGACGGCACCGUUGGUGUCGACGAGCAUCGACAAGGAAGAGCAACCCGUCGCGCAGUGUGAGGCCGAUGGUGCACCAAUGCAGAACGCUGCCACUGAUGCGAUGGCCGGGAAGGAUCUUCCCUUCCACCCGCACGUCGUCUGCGACGUGUGCGACGGUGAUAUCAUCGGCCAUCGCUACAAGUGUUUGACGUGCCACGAUUUCGACAUCUGCAUGAACUGCGAGGCCAAGUUCCGCCACAAGGACCAUCUGAUGAUGCGUAUUCCGCGGUCGGAAAUGUUGUGCCGUUCGCAGACAACGGUGUCGCGAAUGUUCGAAAAGCUGCGCCUGUACGGGACUCGCAUCACGGCCAACUCGCCACAGGAUCUGGAUGAAGUGGCACGCGUGCCGAGCAACAAAACUGCUGCGUCCGUCGCAGCGAAGCGCGAAACUACGCGAACAGCACAGCGCAGUAGCAAGCAUCAUGGCGAGGAUCGUCGAUGCGGCGAAACAUCCAAACCGCCCCGUUACAGUAAGUCCAGCGGUGAACGCAAACAAACCUUUGCUCACGUGCCAACGGCAGCCGAACGCGUGCCUAAAGAAGAGAAAGAUAAACCAUCGCAACGGUCAGUGUCGGAUUUUAACCGACGCUGCAAACAUAUGGUAAACAUGUAUAUGAAUUCGAUGCAAGCGUUGGAUCCAACGGCGACAUUCCCCGAUCCCGCAGCAGGCUCCGAUCACGUCGCCAUGGCAAAUGCUGCAGCCGCAGCAGCAGCAGCUGCCGCAGCGAAAGCUACUGCUGCAGCUAACACCGCCCUGAAUGCUACAUCCAAUUUACCAUCUAAUAGAGGUAAUGGCGCAAUGCCAUCCUCAACAAACGUCUGGGGGGUACCCUUUUCGGACGAAUGUAUUGAGAGAUUUACCGACGCCAGGAUUCCACAGAAGGGUUCUAAAAAGCAUGAAAACAAGACACCAACUGCGCAACCACAGUCGGAGCAGCAACCGGGAAUUUCGCUGCCGUUUUUACCGUUUGUAAAUCUUGCCUGGCCAACGCAGGAGAAAUUGUUGUUCGCAAGCGAGAAUGUAUCCAAGCUGCUGGACCCGCUCGGAUUAUCUUUCGAGAUACGCCACAAGACAGCGGCGUCUCCUUCGUCAUCCUCCCCCGGAGAUGCGAACACACACAAAACGGAUGAUUGCACUCCGUCCACAUCGGCUGCUAACUUGGCAGCCGCAUCAGGUCCGACAAUGCCGAAGGAAGAGACGCGUGCGCCCGAGGAGAAGCAAAACAAAGCGACCGAAACACAGGAAUCGCAGAAUGUGGAGUCAGCGACCGUUUCGGAUACAGCACAAAACCAAGCAAAACCGUUGACCGAAUGUGGUGAAGUGGUGGAGUCAAAGAACAACCAUAAAGUCGUCGGUACAAAGGAAACAAAACCAUCCGAUGGGCAAGGACGCACUAAAGCAAAAGUGGUAGGAGCGGGCACAUCGCUCGAAACCGAUGCAGCCGUUGCGGAAGAUGCGGAGGCAGAGGAAAUCGAAAUGGACGGUGAAAACGAUUCCCAAACGUCCACAUCGUCUGCUUCGUUGCUUACCGAUGACGACCAGGACCUGAUCGAUGUGGCAGAAGAUGUGGCAAAAUCGGCCUCGCCGUCCAAGCCACCAUUAGCGACUGAAAAGACCUGGACCCUGGUUGACAUCCCACAUGACGAGGACGAGGAAAAGCAGGCCAAUGCGCCACUGGACGCUAUUGCCAGACUGAUCGAGCACGAUAGUUCGUCGUCCUCUUCUUUGGGUUCGCUGGAAUUCACGAAACCGAGCCUGUCUCCAAAGGAGAAGAAAUUCAGCAAUUCGAGAUCGAAAGAUAAGCAGAAGGAACAUAAGACGAAGGAACCAUUCUCGCCAAAGCCAGGUGGUAGUGGUGUUGCUGGUGAAUUGGAUUAUGAGAAUUAUAGCAAAAUCCUGGCCGAUCAUUUGGAAGUUUCGACGACGUCUGCUGGUAAGGAGAAAAAGGCAUCCACUCCGCCAAGCUCAGGGCCGUGCUCUUCGUCGUCGUCGUCGGGUGAUUCGAUGGCCGCAAAUCCAGAUAAGAGCACUCGAUUGAGCGACUCAGCGCAGCGUAUGGAUUGUACAGUGUAUAGCCACCGCCCGCAUGUCAACCAUGCCAUCCAUACGAUGAUGACGAUGGGCUUCAGCAACCAUAACGGUUGGCUGACCCAGCUGCUCGAAUCUUUGAACGGUGACAUCCCGAAAGCACUCGAUCUGUUGCUUCAGCAUCGCCACUAAACAACGGCGAAAGCUACUAAACCUUGAUCGUUCGCCUUAUAUCCUACUCUUGAAUUGUAUUUCAACUUGUCGCAGAUGCACGCGACCCACCACAUUUACCAUGAUGUAUAACCAAUUUUAGCUUGAUAGGUAUUGGGUGUAUAUUGUACACAAACCUUUCAUCAGAAUUUGUAAGCCUAAAAAUGGUAGAAUCAGCUCUCAAAGCUGCUUCAAAGAAGUAGAAAUCAUUGUCAAUUCGAGGUGAUUCGGCACAUUUUUUCGGCGGGUAGAGCGAAUACGGCGAAAUUGCCCUUAACAUCCAGUAUUAGAUUGCCGAAGGGAAUUUAUAAUAGUAUCGUGCGCAAUUGAACGCAAACGUAAAAAAACAACAUAAAAAUAACCCAACAACACAGGACAGAGGAUUGGAUGGUUUAACGAGCUAAAUCAAUAUAUUCACAUCUUAGAAGCAUACAUAUAUAAAAUGUUUAUAGAUGCCCACUACAACCCCCCUGUAUAGAUGUAUUUACUCACUGCGCCUCCCCUCAUCCCUUACGUACGAUGUGUGGGGCGGUGAGAUUAUAUGUAUGGUUAUGGAAAAAUAAAAUGUAUCUCGGCGAAUACCGAAACAGCAACAA